AAGGGUUCCUUUCUGCUGAUUGACGGCUGCGCUGAGCCAAUAGAGCCGUGAGACAGGAAGCAAGUGGGCGGGAUUCUAGUUGUAACCCAAGCUGGGCUGAGGAUAGGUUGAGAGCUGAUGGUGUAGAGUGGUAGUGCCUUUGCAUGUAUGUGUGUGUGUAUGUGUGAGAGAGGGAGAGUGUGAGUGCGUGGAAAAGCAGAGGCAGUCAGGGAAUACAGUGUAGCAGUGUCUCUGUCCAGAGAUAGGCUGUUGCAUUUCAGUGCUAACUGCAACAAUCUUUUGGCUUUACUAUUUUUUGGGGGGUAUUUUUUUUUGGUGGUUAUCCAUAUUUUCUUUCCUACUAUGUUGAAGCUGAUGAAUCAUAUCUGAGAGAAAAAAAAAAGGAAUAACUUUGCUCCCAAUCAGGAUUUAAAGACUUUUAAUCCGCUGACAGCCUCUUUCCUUUACGAGAAGUGCACACACACACACAUACACACACACACCAUCUGGAAAUGUCUGAAAACAAGGCGGCUGAUCCGAAGUUAUCAACGCUGGACAGGGUGGUGAAAGCUGUACCAUUCCCGCCAAGCCACCGGCUCACAGCGAAAGAGGUGUUCGACAAUGAUGGCAAACCACGGGUAGACAUUUUAAAAGCCCAUCUUAUGAAAGAGGGAAGGCUUGAGGAAAGUGUUGCUCUUAGGAUAAUCACAGAGGGAGCUUCGAUUCUUCGCCUGGAAAAAAACCUUUUGGAUAUAGAUGCCCCAGUCACAGUUUGUGGGGACAUUCAUGGACAAUUCUUUGACUUGAUGAAAUUAUUUGAAGUGGGCGGAUCUCCUGCCAACACACGUUACCUCUUCUUAGGAGACUAUGUUGACAGAGGAUACUUCAGCAUUGAAUGUGUGCUGUACCUGUGGGCCUUGAAAAUUCUAUAUCCCAAAACUCUGUUUUUACUCCGUGGGAAUCAUGAAUGUAGACAUCUAACAGAGUAUUUCACCUUCAAGCAGGAAUGUAAAAUAAAGUAUUCCGAGAGGAUAUAUGAUGCCUGCAUGGAUGCCUUUGACUGCCUUCCUCUGGCUGCUCUGAUGAAUCAACAGUUCCUAUGUGUACAUGGUGGCUUAUCUCCAGAAAUCAAUACUUUAGAUGACAUUAGAAAGUUAGAUCGAUUUAAAGAGCCCCCUGCAUAUGGACCCAUGUGUGAUAUUUUGUGGUCAGAUCCACUGGAAGACUUUGGAAAUGAGAAGAGUCAAGACCAUUUCACCCACAACACAGUUAGAGGGUGCUCGUAUUUUUACAGCUAUCCAGCUGUCUGUGAAUUUCUUCAGCACAAUAACUUGCUAUCUAUACUUCGAGCUCAUGAAGCCCAAGAUGCGGGGUAUCGGAUGUACAGGAAAAGCCAAACAACAGGCUUCCCCUCCCUCAUCACAAUUUUUUCAGCACCAAAUUACUUAGACGUGUACAAUAACAAAGCUGCAGUAUUGAAAUAUGAAAACAAUGUCAUGAACAUCAGACAGUUCAACUGUUCUCCUCAUCCAUACUGGCUUCCAAACUUCAUGGAUGUUUUUACUUGGUCUUUACCAUUUGUUGGGGAGAAAGUGACAGAGAUGCUUGUUAAUGUACUUAGUAUCUGCUCUGAUGACGAACUGGUAACAGAUGAAGAUGCCUUUGAUGAUCAACUUAUUUAUGCACAGAAGAAAGGUGCAACAGCUGCGGCUCGUAAAGAAGUCAUCAGAAAUAAGAUUCGUGCUAUUGGGAAAAUGGCAAGAGUGUUCUCUGUACUAAGAGAAGAAAGCGAAAGUGUGUUGACACUGAAAGGUCUUACACCCACCGGAAUGCUGCCCAGCGGUGUUCUGUCUGGAGGCAAACAAACUCUACAAAGCGCUACUGUUGAGGCUAUAGAGGCUGAUGAAGCUAUCAAAGGAUUUUCACCACAGCAUAAGAUCACUAGCUUCGAAGAGGCCAAAGGCUUAGAUCGCAUUAACGAGAGGAUGCCACCACGCCGAGAUGCUAUGCCUUCGGACUCCAACCUUAACUCUCUCAACAAGGCUAUUUCUUCAGAGACCAAUGGCACUGACAGCAAUGGCAGCACCAGUAGCAAUAUCCAGUGACCACUUCCUGUUCGUUAAUUAAUAUUUUUGUAGCUGCAAGGCAUGACAGGUUGCUGCAUAACAUCAGCUGGGUGAUCAUAAUUUGGGAAAAUGCUACUUACUCUUUGGGUUUUGUGUUGAAUAAUUCAGUUUACAAUGUCAUCUAAAAAUUUAGUCAAAUCUAUUUUAGUGAGGUCACUUGCCUCAGCUGAUUUGCUUGUAAAAAAACAAAACAAAAAAAAUCAUACUUUUGAGUCAAUAGUACACAGUUACAAAAAGAAAGCUACUUUCCAGCUGUGUUGGGGACUUCUAGUCACAUUACUGAAGGGCCUUUUAGUUAUCGAACAUACAGUACGUCUUUGUCUAAUUUCUUACUAACUAUUGUAUGUUUACAGUUGCAGCACUAAACUACAGAUAGACAUGAAAACAUUUUUAACAAUGUACAAACUAAAAUAAGGACUAUUUAUUGAUAAUGUUUUGUUACUCUCGUCAGGCAUUGGCUUAACUGUUUUUUUUUGGGAGGGGGGGUCUUUUUUUCUCUAACACUUUAGCGAGCAAUGCAUUGUAAGCCCCCCUAUAGCUGCAAAUUAAUUAAAUAAACCAUAACAUGGAGAAAGGACUUCAGUGCAUUGCUUCUGGUGGGGUAGUGGGGCAAAUGGUGAAAGAUAAAGAAUGUUAUACAUUUGUUAAAGAUGCCAAAAAGGAAAGUUUAAUUUUGUACAGAUUAUGCUUACCUCAGGUUAAUUUAGUGUGCUUGAACGCCCUUCUUACUUUAAAACACAUAGCUUACUUAUUUGGCAGUUAAUAUCUGAAUAAUAUUUUUUCCUUAAUGAAACAAAACUGGAAUAAAUAUCAUUAUAUAUAAUUUUUUUUUGCUGUUAUAUCUAAGGUUUUUUUGGUAAAUAAAGUAUUGGUUGUGGCUUGCUAAAUUUCAAUAUUUAUGAGUGGUGCAUUUUUAAGUAUAGUGAACAAGACACCAUAUUAAGUGCAGUGAAAAGCAUCUAUAUUCUGUAAAAAUCUGCUCUAUGCAUGUUUUAUAAGACAAAAUGGCUGUAUAGGCCUGUAUGGGACUGUAAUGCGCUUAGUGGUUGGACUUAUACUGGAAAUGUAUGUAUACUGGCAUACUUUACAUUCUCUAAAAAAAAAAAAAAAAAUUAUAAUAAAAAAAAAAUGCUUAAUGCCUUUGAAAUUUUGUAAUCAAACUAAAAGAAAAUGCUUUGAAAAAAUCUACAGAGGGGAAAAGAAUAUUCUUAAUGUUUUUUAACAUACGCUUGUCAAUGCACAUAUAUAUGGUUAGCAUGUUUAGCAAACCUUGUGAAAUUUAAAAUAAGUUUGUGGUUACAUGUGAUACUCCUAAGUGCAUGAUAACUGUUUAGUGUCAUAAUGGUUUGGUCAUUCUGUUACGUUACGUCACGUGCCACAAAUGUGUAAAUUUUUUCACUUUUUCCCCUUUAUAAUAUGAGUUACGGGUUAUUAAUGACUCCCGACAACAAUGAGAUAAACAUUUAAGAAAAUAUUGAAUAAAUUAAAUUCAUUGCUAUUUUCUAACAAUUGUUUAAGUGCCCAAGUAAUUCACUACAGCCUAAAGCCUUGCCUUUGUAAUUUGACUUCUGAAAUGUUGGCAAUCGAAGCAUGCACUUGUAACAAUGACAAAAAAAAAAGCAUUUUAUAUUACUACUCAAUAAAAUGUGCAUGAACUUA